AACAGAAAAAUAAUAAAAUUGUGACAUGAAUUAACAGUUUAAAUGAGCCAUGUUGAUACUUGCUUCAAAAUCCAAGCAUCUGUUAAUACUAUUACAUUAUUGCAAUUACAUACCCAGUCCCAGAUUUAUAUUAGUGAUGAAGUAGAUAAAACAUGAAAGAUAGAAGAUCUAACUUAAUGAAACAUAACCUAAUCCAAAAUGUGUGUAUAAAUGUUUUUUCGAUUAAAUUCAAAAGUAAUGCACCUAAGUUCUGUUCUUCCACUUCUAAUCACACUUACACUAUUCACAACAUUAGAAAGUAAAAUCGAUUGGAAAUUACACCCAAAUAUCAACAAUAUAAAAUCUGCUACUUGGGAAACUGGGAAUCAUGGGGUAUUCUCAUCUAGCCCGGUAUCCUUUUGCGGAAAAUACAUUCUUCCAAAUAAUGGCCCAAACGUAAAGAAAAGCAGUAAGGGAAAGAUGAAAGCUAUCCUAGAUUCCUUCACUUAUCCCAAUCCCUUGACGAUCGAAGUCCGUAUAGUUCACAACAGUACAGGGAAAUCCCACACCACCACAACCUCGACAUACAAAACCGUUUACUUGCCGAGUAAUUUGCCGGUCGGCGAGGAUUAUGAAUACGUGGAGCCAACAGCUGAGACUAUGGAAGACAGCUUACCUGAAACAACAUCACAAAAAAAAUCAAAUGAGAAAAAAGAAAAAUUAUCUGCUACCGCAACUACUACUACAGUUGGAACUGUUAACACAAAUGCUUUUGUUGGCAAAGAACUUAUGAUCACAGAAAGGUGUAGAAGAUACGUCAGAAAUCCAUUUGAUUUCAACUUGAGGUACAUGCUUUAUCCGAUGAAUCCAGAUUUCUUCUUAGCUAUGGAACAGUCUAGGUUGGCUGAGACAGAAGUGCGAAAUCAGCAAUAUUUAAAGAAACCGGACGCAAUUAGAAGCAGAAGAAAAAUAAACUAUUAUUCUAACCCCAAUCUGCGAUGGAGAGGUAACUUCGAUAGACGUCCAUUGAGGUCUAGAAAUUACAAAAUAAACCAACUUUUUUUAUGAGUUUUUCAA